CCCGGAAGUAGCUAGCCAGUUAUAGUGGAGCAGAUCCAGCGAUACAUCCAUGAGAGCCAGCGGCUGUCCUCCUCUUGCCUCCUCUGUCACAGGACAACAGCCUUUCAUAGCUUCAACCGACAGCAGUCCCAUCCACGCUGUUGGGGGAUAGCCGAUAGCCUACGGCUCGUUGGACAGCGGUCCAGUGUCAGUCACACAGCGAGAUGCCAAGAAAGGCGCGCUUCAACUAACGUUACACAGCUCAUCGUGGCUUUUGCACUAUUUCUUUUUGAGAAACAUCACUGUGGUAUCGUUAAUCCUAUUCAUCAACGUUAGCCAGCUGGCAAGGUGUGAAAAGUUAGUGUCAUGACUGGAGCUGAGACUGAGGAUGAUAUUCCAUUAGGCGAAAGGAAGACUGUCACAGAUUUCUGCUAUCUCCUGGACAAGUCCAAACAACUCUUCAAUGGGCUAAGAGACCUUCCUCAGUAUGGACACAAGCAGUGGCAGUCCUACUUUGGACGGACUUUUGAUGUCUACACUAAGCUGUGGAAAUUUCAGCAGCAGCACAGGCAGGUUCUGGACAGUCGAUAUGGCUUGAAGAGAUGGCAGAUUGGGGAAGUUGCAUCCAAAAUUGGACAGCUUUACUACCACUACUACCUUCGUACCUCAGAAACAAGUUACCUGAAUGAGGCCUUUUCAUUCUACUCAGCCAUUCGUCAGCGCUCCUACUACUAUCAGGUCAACAAAGAAGACAGGCCAGAAUUAGUAGUGAAGAAGCUUCGAUAUUAUGCUCGCUACAUAGUCGUCUGUUUACUGCUGAACAAGAUGGACCUAGUCAAAGUAUUGGUGAAGGAGUUAUCUGAGGAAAUCGAAGAUUACACACAGCGAUUCAACACAGAGGACCAAUUGGAAUGGAACCUGGUUUUACAGGAAGUGGCAGCUUUUGUAGAGGCAGAUCCAGUGGUAGUUCUGAAUGACAACACUUCUGUCGUAGUCACCAGCAAUCGGCUGCAGGAGGGAAAUGUGCCUCCACUGGAACAAGGCAUGGUGGUUGGGCAGCUCGUCCUUGCAGAUGCACUAAUCAUCGGCAACUGUAACAACCAGGUGAAGUUCAGCGAAUUAACCAUCGAUAUGUUCCGCAUGCUUCAAGCUUUGGAAAGGGAACCUGUAAACCUGGCGACACAGACCCCAAAACAAGGAAGUCUGGAGCCCAAUGAGAAGCCAGCUAAAAGAGAAAACCCUCACAAGUAUUUGUUGUACAAACCAACAUUCAGCCAGCUUUUUACUUUCUUGUCAGCCUCGUUUAAGGAAUUGCCUGCCAACAGCGUUCUGCUUGUCUACCUGUCAGCUACUGGAGUCUUCCCUACUGGGAAUUCAGAUUAUGAAGGACCAUAUGAUUUUGGAGGAGUUCUAACAAAUACAAAUCGAGAUGUGGUGAAUGGAGAGACGGUGCAGAAGAGGAAUCAGGCCCAGAAAGAAAUGCACUGCCUUCAUCCAGGGGAUUUAUUCCCUUUCACCCGGAAGCCUCUUUUUGUCAUUGUGGAUUCUUCGAACAGCACAGCCUAUAAGCAUUUCACAAAUCUGUUUGGCCAGCCUCUGGUGUGCCUACUAUCACCUACAGUAUAUCCCAAGAGUGUGCAAGAUCAGUCUCAGCGUGGGAGUCUUUUCACUCUGUUCCUCUACAGCCCACUCUUGGCUUUCUCUUCUGUGUGCGGCUUAAACAGCGUCCAACGAGGCCUGUGGGAAAGGGCUCAAGAAUUUCUUCGUAAAGUCUACCGUGACAUUGGGCAGAUGAUAACUCGAUCACGGACCAUAGAUCAAGCAUUUUUGCAAUUCUUUGGUGAUGAGUUCCUUCGGCUGCUGCUGAUCCGCUUUGUGUUCUGCUCAGCUGCAUUGAGACUGCAUAAACUCUUCCGGGAGUCCCAGAGCUUCCCAGAGUCCUACCCUGAGCUCCCUAAACAAGAUACAGUGGAGAGCAGCCUUCUACAGAAGCAUAUUUUGGAGCUGGCGACCAUGCUGGAUGUACAGAGCCUAUUUUGGGAUGAUCCACUGGAAGUCUACUAACAUCUUUGCACAGGGCAAAAUGGCAUACGUGUACAUACAGACUAAACUGCCAGAGCCCUCACAGUUGUCUUUUUUUUUUUUUUUUUUUUUUUUUUAUACAGGUAAUGAAAUACUGGUUCAGCACAUAGAAUUUCAUGUACUGCAUUUAAUUGUUACCUGUGAAGGCAAAUGUAGUGCAACGUUAAAAUGUUCACAUAGAUAAGCCACAGUUGAAUAUAGUAUAAAUUCCCCAUUUCGAGUCUAAACGGCUGUCCUCAUAAAUAUAAGCAGCAUGUAGGACAUAGGACUAAAAAAACUCACCAUUCCCCAUUUAAAUGUAAGUUUAAAAGUGGCAGCCUCUGACUAUAUUCUUCAUGUCAGAAAACUGUUGGCAAUGUUUUUUUUUUAAAUAAUAUUUAUCAUUGUUUAUUGAAGUAAAGGUUGUGUAAGCCUUAAGGAUAGAUAAUUGAAAAGUCCUGGGCAGCUUCAAGGUGUGACUUUAUCUGUAUGAAGGCAAAGCAGGGUGGUGAGAACACAGUGCUAACAAAACCAUAAAAACAAGUAUAAUGUUAGCACAUUAUUCCCACACAAGGUUGGAAUUCAAAGGAUUUCACCAAAAAAGUUGUUACUGGUAUUUGCCAAACAGUGCUUGCUGUAUAACAGCUUAACUUGUAGCAGGCUGAGGUGCAUGAGAUCAUGUUGUGUGUUGUAGGUCCACAUUAGUAAAUAUAUCACACUACUUCAUGGCAUUAACCAGCAGUCCAUCUAAUACCUUUAAUCGUUGAUUGUUUCAGCCUUGUGCGUUUUGUGAUCAUUAUUGCUGUUCCAUAUCACUGUGCUGCAUUUGCAUGCAUAAUGCAAAAAAAGCAUUCAAUUUUGUUGUUUUACCCACAAAGUAUGGCCUCCAACUUUAAGGAUAUAAAAAGGGUUGUAGGUUUUAAAAUGGCAUGGGGUUGGGCAGUAAAUGGAGCCAGUGCAUGUGUUGCAUGGGCCUGUACAUUUGUAGUUGUGUCAACAAAUAAGAACAAUCUAGUUUGAUAAGAGUAGAUGAAGGAAGGUAGCAUGGUAUGCACACCAAAAAAAAAAUCUCCAUUCUGUUUAUUACUUAAAUUACACCAAAACACCUCUGUAACCUAAAUGAUGAUCGCUUUCAUCAUGUUACCCGCUGGUUGCUUGAAUGGAAUAUCAUUGGCAACACCAGUCAUCUUCCUCAUGCAGUCAGGUUACUUUCCUGACAUGUCUGCUACUACAUGGGGUUUACUUUUACCAUUGAUCCACUGCUUCAAGCCUAUAGAUGCUGCCAUCUUUGUCAGUUGGCACCACAAAAAAAUCAAAUCCAGUGAAAAGAGCGGAAGCCUGGGUGGAGCUGAGGAGGGAUGAACAAGCAGUAACCACCAUGGCUGAUUUUAAGUGUUGAGAACAAUUGAGACCAUGACCUUAGUGGAUUUUUUUUCACUUUGUCUUGAAAGACACUCUUAAAGCCCAAAUUAUAUUUAUUACAUGCGUGUGGCCGUGAGGGUCCUUUUGACUCUUUAAUUAAAAUGCCCAUGAGGGUUGUAUGAAAAGACCAUCGUACACACCAAUGUGUGAACACGACUGUGUAUGCAGACACCCAGUGUAGUAUUAACAAGACCGCAUGUGCAUCUGCCGCUUGUGUUCACAUCCUUUUGGAGUAUACCCAACCAUUAACCCACCCCCUUCACACAUACAGUGACAGUAUGCCUUUUUGUGUGCCCUCCAAAACCCAAUCAGCACAGUACCACUUUAAACCUGGUGGGUUCACAAAAUGGUACAUGCCAACCUGAAGUAUUGUGCAGCAAGUUAACAAAUGAAUGCAUGAAUAAAGCUUUUAGUGGCUUAAUCAAA